UUGGGUGUCCCCAGCUCUGUUUGGGUGUCCCCAGGCUGGUUUGGGUGUCCUCAGCGCUGUUUUGGUGUCCCCAGCUCUGGUUUGGUGUCCCCAGGGCUGUUUUGGUGUCCCCAGGGCUGUUUUGGGUGUCCCCCUGUGCCCCUCACUGAGCAGCUCUCUCGGCAGGCAGCGAUGCCCCUGGAGCCCCUGGUCUGUGCCCGCACGGCCACGCGGGUGAGCUCGGUGCUGAACCGGGACGUGAAGCACUUCGGGAAGCAGCACCUGUUUGAUGGCAGCGAGGAGACCUGCUGGAACUCGGACCAGGGCACGUCCCAGUGGGUCACCCUGGAUUUCCCCGGCCCCGUCAGGGUCUCCCAGCUCCACAUCCAGUUCCAGGGGGGAUUUUCCAGCCGGCUGUGCACGCUGGAAGGCUGCAGAAGCGGCGAGGAGCUGGUGAAAAUAUCGGAGCUGUACCCCCAGGACAGCCACGCCAUGCAAGAAUUCCAGGUGGAGGAGACGGUGCUGGAUAAGCUGAAGAUCACCUUUGGGAGCAGCACGGAUUUCUUCGGGAGGGUGGUGGUUUAUCACCUGGGGGUGCUGGGGGAGAGGCUCUAGGGCUGUCCCCACCUUGGUGCCCCCUGGGGUGACACCCGCGAGGGACACGGCUGUGUGAUGGGACCAUUAAAAUAAAAUAAAUUAAAUUAAAUUAUAUAUAAA